CCCCGCGCCCGCCGCCGCCCGCGCGCCGACUGCCCGCCGCGUCCUUCUGACAGUUGCGGCGGUGGCGAUGAUGCAAAGGAGGAGGGUGCUGCCGGCGGCGGUGCUGAUGGUGGCGAUCCGCGCCCGGGUGUGAUGCGAGCGUCAUGGUGGGGAUGCUGGCUUCGCGGCGGUGAGAGCGAGCGAGAGCGAGAGCGAGCCCGGGGCGGAAGACGGACUGUUGGGAUCUGGCUGCUGUGUGGGCUCCAUCUCUUUCUCGCCUCUCUCGCGCGCUUUCCCCCCUGUAUUUUGUUAUUGGCUUGCAUAUUUAACAUCUCUGGACUCCAUCCUCUCCCCCACCACUGAAGUCUUCCCGUCUCUAAAUGGAAUUAGUGGAGAUCGGAGCCUCUGGUGUAAGGAACAGACAUGAUCUAUGGACGCAGUUUGUUUUACAUUGCAGCAAGUUUAAUCAUCCUCCAUUUGUCUGGGGCAACCAAGAAAGGAACAGAAAAACAAACCACCUCAGAAACACAGAAGUCAGUGCAGUGUGGAACUUGGACAAAACAUGCAGAGGGAGGUGUCUUCACCUCUCCCAACUACCCCAGCAAGUACCCCCCGGACCGAGAAUGCAUCUAUAUCAUAGAAGCUGCCCCAAGACAGUGCAUUGAACUUUACUUUGAUGAGAAAUACUCUAUCGAACCGUCUUGGGAGUGCAAAUUUGAUCAUAUUGAAGUUCGAGAUGGACCUUUUGGCUUUUCUCCAAUAAUUGGCCGUUUUUGUGGACAACAAAAUCCACCCGUAAUAAAAUCCAGUGGAAGGUUUCUAUGGAUUAAAUUUUUUGCUGAUGGAGAGCUGGAGUCUAUAGGAUUUUCAGCCCGAUACAAUUUCACACCUGAUCCUGACUUUAAGGACCUUGGAGUUUUGAAACCCUUACCAGCUCCAUUUCUGUGUGUUUGUUUGGCAUCUUAUUAUUUAGCAUGUGAGUUUGAGAUGGGCGGCCCUGAAGGAAUUGUGGAGUCCAUACAAAUUUUGAAGGAAGGCAAAGCUUCUGCCAGCGAGGCCGUGGAUUGCAAGUGGUACAUCCGAGCCCCUCCACGAUCCAAGAUUUACUUACGGUUCUUAGACUAUGAGAUGCAGAAUUCAAAUGAAUGCAAAAGAAACUUUGUGGCUGUGUACGAUGGAAGCAGUUCUGUGGAGGAUUUGAAAGCUAAGUUCUGCAGCACUGUGGCUAAUGACGUGAUGCUCCGCACUGGUCUGGGGGUGAUUCGCAUGUGGGCAGACGAGGGUAGUCGAAACAGCCGAUUCCAGAUGCUCUUCACAUCCUUUCAAGAACCUCCUUGUGAAGGCAACACGUUCUUCUGCCAUAGUAACAUGUGUAUUAACAAUACAUUGGUCUGCAACGGACUCCAGAACUGUGUGUAUCCUUGGGACGAAAAUCACUGUAAAGAAAAGAGGAAAGCCAGCCUGCUGGACCAGCUCACCAACACCAGCGGGACUGUGAUUGGCGUGACUUCCUGCAUUGUGAUCAUCCUUAUUAUCAUUUCUGUCAUUGUACAGAUCAAACAGCCCCGUAAAAAAUACGUCCCAAGGAAGUCAGACUUUGAGCAGACUGCUUUCCAGGAGGUGUUUGAGCCUCCGCACUAUGAGCUGUGCACCCUCAGAGGGACAGGGACGGCUGCCGACUUUGCAGACGUGGCAGAUGACUUUGAGAACUACCAUAAACUGCGGAGGUCAUCUUCCAAAUGCAUUCACGACCAUCACUGUGGAUCCCAGCUGUCCAGCACGAAAGGCAGCCGCAGCAACCUCAGCACAAGAGAGGCUUCCAUCCUGACAGACAUGCCCGCCCAGCCGGUCAAGCCCCUCGGUCCUCCCGUGAGCAGAAGGAACAUCCUCGUCAUGAAACACAACUACUCCCAAGAUGCCGACGCCUGUGACAUCGACGAGAUUGAGGAGGUGCCCACCACGAGCCACAGGCUGUCCAGACACGACAAAGCCGUCCAGCGGUUCUGCCUCAUUGGGUCUCUAAGCAAACAUGACUCUGAGUACAACACAACUAGGGUCUAAAAAGAAAAUUCAAGAAAAGAACUAUUUAUACAAACAUGGGGACUGUGAAAAGAAAAUUCUAUAGUGAAUUGUGAAAAGUGGACCUAUUUCUAAAUUCAUUCCACUGCCUUUAUCCAAACUUAAGAAUUACAGACAUUUGUUAUUUCUUCGGCAAGACAUCCCCGCUGCACAAUGAUAUGUUCAUUUCGUAAUUUGGUUGCUGGCCACCAAGUGCUCCUUAGUUUUUAAAUACAUUUUGAGAUUUACUGGAAACUUGAAGAAGAAAUUAGAUCCUGAUUAAGACGAUCCCAACUUUAUUUUUAUUGUCAGUUUCACUUUUGUUUCUGUGUUGGUUCUGUCUUUGUUAUGUAAUUGUACAUUGUGUGAUGUGUGGAAAACACAACCUUGGACGAACCUUCGGUUACAUGUAAUUGUUUUCAUUAUAUAGACUUCUUGAGAAUAGUGCGUUCCUGAGUGGUUUUGAACAUGCUACAGAGGAAAGUGAAAAUGUGGACCAUGGAAACACCAGCUAGAGGUUUUAUGGACUACACACCUAUUGUUUUAUUAUGAUUAAAUGCAGUAAAAAGUCAUGAGUCCAAUUACUAGAUUGCAAUAAGAAAAAUUUCAUUUUUUUCUCUCUCCUACAUUCCCUUGAUUUCUUUUUGUUCUAUAUCAAAGGGAGGUACCAAGUUUCAAAAACAGCUUUUGAAACCAGGUACUUCACUGUUCAUAUCCUACCACAGAGAUGUUUUUGACUAAGUACUUAGCAAUAGGACUGGAUUGACAGUCUGAGAAACUACCCUGCAUGUCAGUACUGGAUAUUUGAGUUGGGAAAAAUACCCUCUUUAUUAGACACAUUGUAAAAAGCAUGCAUUCUCAAAUAUUGCUGUUACUCUUCCAUUUCUUUGUGUCACAUGCUUGCUACUUGUAACGUUUUUAUAUAAAGAUAUAUAAAGUGUAUAAUAAUUUCCUAACUUGAGUUAAGAGAAAUGUUUUCUUCUGUUAGAUGGAUUCAAACUCACUUACAGGAGAACAGGUUUUAUUUAUAUCAGUUCUUCCCACCUUUCAGAGCAUAAGACAUCCUUUAGUAUUUAGGUUUACUUCCCCAAAUAUUUGAUUUUUAGAAUUUUAUGGAGUAUGUUCUCCUUUUAGGAUAGGAAAAUCAUUUUAAGCACUUUAAAAGCAUAGGCCUUUAUGACCUUGAACUGCAUCAUUGAAUCAUUCUUGUCCUCAGCACACAAAACACUUGAAAGCUAGUGAUGAUGAUGUGUUAUAUACAAAGGAAGUCAAACCCUGUAAUGGUAACUGCUGCUGAAUUGUAUACACACUCUGUAUUUGAUUUAUUCAGUGGGAAAAUUUAAAAAUAUUAAAUGCAUAUUCUCUGAAAAUGAAUUUUAAGAACCAGUAUUACUAUAAAUCUGCUUACAAAAUUUUCCAAACUAUUUGAUUCUAUAGCUGAAAAGAUUCUGACCUUCAAAUAGCAAAGCAAUCUGGUCUACACAAUUCAGACCUGGCAACACAGGCAGUCUUCACAAACUACCCAGAUAAAUCAUGUCAUAUGUCCCAUUAGGAAGUCCAUUUGGUUUAUGUUUAAAAAAAAAAAAAACAAGUAAAUGAAAAAUAUAGUAAUUUUAUAAUAGAAGAAUCAAAGAAUUACAGCAGUUCUGAAUACUUCAUAUUUAUUGAAAAAACUAACAAAAAUAAUCACUUCCAUGAAUUUGUUAAACUGGUGAAUAGAAAAUGUAUUGAACAUUAUAAAGAUCAUUUUUACUAUUAUUUUACCUAUUUUGAUACACGUUACUUGUGAUAAAAAUUUUCCAUUUUUUCAAACUUUGCUUGGCUGAUUUAUUUAUUACCAUACUUACUUUUAUGUCCCUUAUUUGAAAGUUGAUGCACCAAAGAUUAUUUUUAAAUAAAUAGCCAUAUUUUAUAUAGUUUUCACUCUUCAGGAAUCUUCUUAGGCCCUCAUCUGCUUUAAAUGACUAAUGUUAACCACCAUGUCUCAUCUCUUUAUUUACAACAGCAAUGAAGACAGGAAAAUAAAGUAGGUGAAGUUUACUAUACUACAGGAUGAGUCCUGUAGCUCUUCACAGGAUGUCCAUUCCCUCCAUAUCUUUUUAAAUGUGCAGAAUGGUACUGAUCUGCUUAUUCUCUGCUUAAAAGAUAUUUGUAACAGGAAUCCACUAAUAGGUACUUCAAUUUUUUUAUUGUCAAACCAAACUAAGUAUAAUGAUAGAUGAAUAACUUGCAUAUAUUUAAAACACAGUAGCUUCACAGGAAAAGAAAAAUAUUUCAAGUGAAGAACUGGCCUCCUGUGUGAUGAUGGUAAAGUUAUUUAACAACACAUAAGCACCAAUUCAUCAGAAAAGAAGAUGUGGUAAUGCUGGGGCAGGGACCUGGGGGCACUCCUCUGUCCCUGGCACCAACUUGAGGCUCUGAACCUGGGGGUGCAGGGCUCCAGCAAGGCUUGGACAUGUUCCUUGGAGACCCCUGCAUGUCUCAAAUUCAGUAUUGAAAUUUCUUUUUAUAUCAAAAACUCCUGUUUUGUGGUUUCAUCAGACCCCAUCAAUUUUAGCUUAUAUUACAAAAUGGGGACACCUGUAGGUAAGGGAGAAUAUGUUUCAAAAUUUUUAAAUCAAAUUAUUUUAAUGAACAAUUAUAUUUUUUCAUAAAAUGAAUUCAAAUAUGCUAACCUGAGUGGUUUUUUUUUAAUUUUUUUAAUCUUAUUUUAAAAAAUUUCAUUCUUCUUAGUUAUACAUGACAGGAGAAUCCAUUUUGAUAAAAUUAUACAAACAUGAAAUAUAUCUUAUUCUAAUUAGGACCCCAUUCUUGUGGGUGGGAAUGAUGGUAGGAUUCACUUAGGUGUUUUCAUAUGUGUAUGUAGGAACAUUAUGUUAGAUUAAUUGUACUAUCCUUCCUAUUCCUGUCCCCACUUCCGUCCUUUCAUUCCCCUCUGUCUAAUCUACUGAAUUUCUCUUCUUCCCCUCCCGCUCUUUAUUGCAAUUUGGCUUCCACAUGUCAGCAAAAGCAUUUGACCUUUGGAUUUGGGGGAUUGGUUUAUUUCACUUAGCAUGACAGUUUCCAGAUACAUCAAUUUACUGGCAAAUGUCAUAAAAUCAUCCUACUUUAUGUCCGAGUAAUCCAUUCUUCUGUUGAUGGGUGUUUCGGUUGGUUGGUUCCAUAGCUUAGCUCAUAUGAAUUAUGCUGCUAUGAACAUGAAUGUGGCCAUGUCACUAUGGUAUGCUGAUUUUAAAUCUUUGGAGAUAUGCUGAAGAGUGAGAUUACUGGGUCAAAUGACAGUUCCAGUCCUAGUUUUUUGAGGAAUCUUCUUACUGCUUUCCAGAGGUGUUGCGCUAAUUUGCAGUCCCACUGACUCUGUAUGAGCACUCCCUUUUCCCCACACUCUGGCCAACGUUUGUUGUUACUUGUAUUCUGAUCAUUGUCAUUCUGACUGGGGUGAAAUGGAAUCUCAGUAUAAUUUUCAUUUGCAUUUCUCUAAUUGCUAGAGAUGUUGAACUUUUUUUCACGUAUUUGUUGAUCAUUCUUAUUUUUGUGUUUUAUUAACAAAAUGUUUUCAAAUAAUGGGUGAAGUUAGCCCAACGUUGGUGUAAUAAAGCUCUGUGUUUUUCUA